UCAUAAAUUGUUUUGUUCUCACAUUUUGCACUAUAAUAUAGUCCAUAUUAUUUUAAUAAUAUGAGAGGAUUUGUUGUUGCUGUUGUUCUCUUAGCAGCUGCCUUAUAUGCCAGAGGUGAGCUAAGCAACGAGCAAAAGCAAAAAAUCAAAGAUUACAUUACCGAUUGUAUAUCAGAAACUGACAUUGAUAGAGAAGUGGUUGACCAGGCCCAUCGCGGAAUGUUUCAAGACGAUGACAAGCUUCCAGAGUUCUCUUUAUGCAUGUCCAAGAAGAUGGGUUUCCGCGAUGACAGCAACAGAAUACGUGUCGAUGUUGUCAAAGAAAAAAUAUCCGAAUUUGUCGAAGACGAUAAUUUGGCAAAGGAAAUAUUCGAGAACUGCUUUGUCGAAAAAUCCACUCCUGAAGAAAGUGCCUUGGAAUCAUUUAAGUGCUUCCAAAGACGAACUCCUGACCACUUUUCAUUUUUAUAAAUGACUGUUUUACUCUGCUGUUCUAUAUACACGCACCUUCAAUGCUUUUGUAGAUGGACUAUGGGAAUAAAAGUUUGAGCAUAUUAA